GGGCCGUCCCAGACUUCCAGGUGCGUCCACUUACCGGCUGGGCCUCUGGCCACUCUCAUCACCCUCCUUCACUUCCUCCGGCCGCCCAGGCCUCUCUGCCGGCCCCGCCCCGCCCCGGCCGGCCCCGCCCAGCGCUACGCGAGGGGAGGCGGAGCUUCGGGAGACGCCAGCUCCCAGUGUGACCCUCUGACGACGCUACCCAUGGCUGACUCGGCUGGGCCGCUCUCCGCCCGCCUCAAGGCCCGGACUCCCCGCGCUUCUCGAAACGCCACAGGUGCUAAACAGACAAAUGCCUUAAAACAAGAAGAUACUUCUAAAAGGAAAGCAGAACUAGAAGCAGCUGUGAGAAAGAAGAUUGAAUUUGAGAGAAAAGCUCUACAUAUUGUUGAACAGCUUUUAGAAGAGGAUAUUACAGAAGAAUUCCUAAGGGAGUGUGGGAAGUUCAUCACACCUGCUCACUACAGCGAUGUCGUGGAUGAGCGUUCUAUUAUCAAGCUCUGCGGUUAUCCUUUAUGUCAGAAAAAACUAGGAAUUGUACCAAAACAGAAGUAUAAGAUUUCUACCAAAACCAAUAAAGUCUAUGAUAUUACUGAAAGAAAGUGUUUUUGCAGCAAUUUUUGUUACAAAGCAUCUAAGUUUUUUGAAGCACAAAUUCCUAAAACUCCAGUAUGGGUUCGAGAAGAGGAAAGGGAUCCUGAUUUUCAACUGCUACAGGAAGGACAAAGUGGCCAUUCUGGAAAGGAAGUACAGCUAUGCACUAAGGCCAUUAAAACAUCAGAUAUUGACAAUCCUGGACAUUUUGAGAAGCAUUAUGAAUCUAGUUCUUCUAGCACUCAUAGUGACAGUAACAGUGACAAUGAGCAAGACUUUGUUUCCUCCAUUCUACCAGGAAACAGACUGGUAGAUGCAAUGGGUGUAAGUCCAAAGCUGCACAAAAAAAGCAUAAUGAAAAAGAAAGCUGGCCAUAAAGCUAACUCCAAGCAUGAAGACAAAGAACAGACAGUAAUAGAUGUCUCUGAGCAGCUAGGCAAUUGCACAUUAGAUAGUCAGGAGAAAGCUGCUGCUUGUGAACUUCCUUCACAGAAAGUAAGUACUCAGAUUUCUCCAAAUAGUCCUUUGCAAGAAAAAGUAGAAGUUUCAGAAAAUUCUGAAAAUAAAUACAGUAGUUCAAAAGUAACUCUAGUAGGUAUAAGUAAGAAAAGUGCUGAGCAUUUUAAGAGAAAGUUUGCCAAAUCAAACCAGGUUUCUAGAUCAGCAUCUAAUUCAGUGCAGAUGUGCCCUGAAGUUGCAAAGGCAAACUUACUUAAAGUCCUGAAGGAGACUUUGAUUGAGUGGAAGACAGAAGAAACUUUGAGGUUUUUGUAUGGCCAGAAUUAUGCUUCUUUGUGUCUGAAACUCUCUUCAGCCCCUCUGGUUAAAGAAGAAGAACUUGAUGAAGAUGACAUAGACUGUGACCUAGACAGACAUUCUCCUUCCCUGCAGGGAUCUCAGAAUAGCUUGGAUGAGUCUUUACCUUUUAGGACUUCAGAUACAGCCAGUAAACCACUACCAAGUUAUGAGAAUUUGAAAAAAGAAACUGAAACCUUAAAUCUAAGGAUAAGGGAGUUUUAUAGAGGACGAUAUGUUUUGAAUGAAGAAACUACCAAAUCACAAGACUCAGAAGAGCAAGAUCCCACCUUUCCGCUGAUAGAUUCAAGUUCUCAGAACCAGAUUAGAAAACGCAUCGUACUUGAAAAGUUGAGUAAAAUAGUGCCUGGACUUUUGGGGCCUCUUCAGAUCACAUUAGGAGAUAUUUAUGCACAGCUUAAAAAUCUCGUUCGAACUUUCAGGUUAACAAAUAGAAAUAUUAUACACAAACCUGCAGAGUGGACCUUAAUUGCUGUGGUGUUGUUGUCAUUUUCACCAUUUUGGGAAAGGCAUUUUGUCAUUGGGGGAAGAAAAAGCAGGCUUGAGGACCAGCAUUGGAUAAAGAAUCUUAAACACAGUGAAAAAUUUGGAGACUUUAGUACCCAAAGAGACAUGCACAUAAACAGGUAAAGGAAGUAACAUACUCACGCAUCUGUGGACCAGUAACCCCACCACUCAGCCUUUUAAUUUAUUGUUGCUAAAAUUGAUAAUAGGCAUACAUGGGAUUUUCUUUUUUUUUUUAAGUCUAUGAUUUGGAAAACCUUUGCAUCUAUUCUCAAAUUUCCAAUGGAACUUGUUUAGUCGUUGCUUGCAGAUAUUUCUGGAAUUCAUGUUAAAAGUGAACUCCUUACAAAUCCUUAUAGCUAGGAAAAAGAUUCUGAAUGGCAGUUGUAGUCACUGAAGAUGAGUGUAAUAAGAUAGUAUGUUAAUUAUUAUAACAAUAGUACUAUUCUUUGUAUACUAACAUUGCAAGGUUUUGUUACUCAAUAGCACUUGUUUAAUGAAUGAAAGCUGCUUCAAAAUUUUUCUUGAAAACCACUUUAAAAAGUAUACAUUUUAUUAGUAUGUUGCUGUGCUGGCUCCAGUCUAACUCUUGCAGAGGGGGAAAAAUCAAUAUUUUAGGCAAAACAUGAUAGUCCAGAAGAAAGAAAGAAGGCUGGUUCUUGAAUUUUUACAUCUGUAUGCUUAAAUGAGAUGUUUUUGUGUCAAAUCAUAUUUUCCUGGUAACUUCCCUUGCACUUUCACAGGUGUAUUAACAUUUUAAAAAUUUGAGGGGCACCUGGUGACUCAGUUGGCUAAGCGUCCAACUCUUGAUUUCAGCUCAAGUCAUGGUUUAGUGAGUUCGAGCCACACAUCGAGCUCUUGCUGACACCUUGGUGCCUGCUUGGGAUUCUCUCAUAACAAAUAAACUUAAAAAAAAUUGGAACCACAACAUGCAAUUUGUCAGUGUAUACUGAUGGGAAUUUUAUACCAAUAUAAUCUCAGGAAGAAAUUGAUCAAAUUGAGUUGUACACUUCAUCUUUGCACACUUAGUGAAAUACACCUAUCUAUAAAAAUAAAUCAUGACCUAUUGCCAUUUCAUUUAGAUUUUUCACAAAUUCCAUACGACUUGAAUAGCCACUGUGACUGCAACAUUUAUGGAUAUAUAUAUUUUGUACUCAGACCUUAAGUAGUUACCAAGAGCACACAGAAAGACUUUUUAAAUCAGAGCUUAAACAGAAUACACUUACUUAACAGUGAAGAAAUUAAUUUCCCUUUAGUCCUUUCUUAUUUCUUUAAUAAAUGUUAUAAUUAACAAAGAUUCUCAAGAACUCCUUACAUAAAACAUCUGUAAUACUGAAAAUUGACCCAGUUCUUUUUUUGUUGUUGUUUGUUUUUAAUAACUCAUUAGAAAUAUGGUAAAGUAACCUGGUAAUUGGUGUUGUGCUUAAGCACUUACAGUAAUUUUUUAUCUUAGCUGAACUUUAUCAGACUUUACUCUUAUAUACUGUAUAUUGAAACAAUACAAAGUUGAAUCUGCUUUUGCCACAAAAAUAAUGCUGUAACAUUAGACUUUUUCCACAGUCUCAGUGCAUGAUUUUUCAUAAAGAUGUGUAUAAAUAGAUAGAUAGAUAGUCUGCUAUAAAUAUUUUAGUGCCUAUAUACAGUGUAAAGCUAGUUAAUGAAUUUAUAUAAUUUGAUGUGUUUGCCAAAUUAGCAAGCAUAAAAAUUAAUGACAUUAAAGUGCAUUUUGUGAUGCCUCCUCAUAGUGAUAUCAUAUUUGUUUUUAUAUUCCUCAUAAUUCUCAUCCUACUCUUAAUACAGGAAAAAACAGAAACUGUAGGAUCGCUUUGCAUCAUGGUCUCAGUACUCAGGAUAUUCUCCUUGAGAAUAUUUUGACUGGUAUUUUGUGAGAAGAUUUUAUAGCCAUAGGACACCCCCAUCAGCUUGAUCCCUUCUCUCCUUUUUCUCUUCCUUUUGCUCUUAGUCUUCCCAAGUCAUCUUUGACUUCUCAUUAUACUUCAGCCUGUAACACAAGAGGGGACUGUGCAAAUGUUGACUUAAAGCUGAGAAAUAGAGAGAAAGGUCCAGACUAGCAGCCAAAGAGAAGCCAGAUAGAAGUCUAUGGAGAAGCAAAUUAACUGGCCUGACUUACUUUAUGUACAGCCCACAUGUGAGAAAUGAGAAUCAGUUUCCUCAGUGUCCUUUUGUAUUUAAAAUACUACUUUUCCACCCAAGUUAACCUUUGUAAGUAGCCACUACUUUGCAUUAUGAUAAUCUGAGGUUAAUUGUAGCAUAGGAGUCAGGUGUCUUUUAGUGCGUAGCCAGUUAGGGGGUAUAUGUUAUGGUCCAUGGGAAUGAUUUGGUUAUCUAAUGAAGGAGAUGAAUACUUUUUAUUACCUAGAAAGAAGAGAAGGUAGAGAGUGACUUCUGGUAAUCUAACAUGGAUACAUGCUCUUCCUAGUUUUAUGCCCUUGAUGUUCUCUAAUGGAAAGCUUUCAAGAUCAUCUCCAAAAAUGUCUGCUUUCAUUUUAUUUAUCUGAACUGUCUGUUUCCAGUGAACUAUGGCCCACUUCCUAGGCAGAGACCAUGCAAUAGUAUAUUCCUCCUAAAAGCUUUCGGUAUUCCUAUCGUUAAGGGAGUAGCAUGUAAGUCCUGAGAAAUGGUAUUUAAACAAGCUCAACUUGACCAUGAUCACUAAACAAAAGCCUUCGCUGGAUAUGGGCAGCCACUUUAGGUAAUCAUCAUACACAUAGACACUCAGGAGAGUCACUUCCCUAGGGUACCAGGCAUGAAUAGAAAGAUGUGACUAAGGCUUUUUGCCUCAGCAGAUUUUUUUUUUUUUUUUUAGCCUACCCAUCACUAAUUUCCUUAGAGAAGUUUGUGAGCAUACCAUGAAAAAUGAAGACAUAGUUCCUUAGAAACUUUUUGGUUCUCAGAAGUAUUCUAAGGCCUUUCUUCUAACAUUUGGUUCUAAGUAGUUAAGACCAUAUAGUGGAAGAUCAUUGAAAUAACUUUUUUUUCCAUAUAAUUAUGGAAUUUUUUAUAUUUAACUGAAUUUUUAUCAAGAUAUAAUUCAUAUAACAUAAAACUCACUAUUUUAUAGUGUACCAUUCUCUGGGUUUUA